AUGUGCACAUGGACGCCAGUUCGUGCGGAGCGUGCUGCGGAGGUAGUCGUAUCGUGGAGUCUUCCAGAGGAGCAAUAAUUUUCCUAGCAGCGCUUUAGCGGAUAGAGUUUUCAAAAGAAAAUAGGGUGUACUAACAGCUUCCUCUCCUCAAAAUUCACAGUCGUUAGGUGACCUAGAAACAGUCAGGCCCUCAGUUACACUCCCCUCACCGGACAAUUGAGCACCGAAAAUCCAUUGCGUAAGUCUUGCAGUGUUGUGCAAAAUGCCUGGAGAUGGUCAAGGCAGUAUGAGAUCGGGCAUGUGGUUCCUGCUCAGCAUUCCAAAGGAAGACACCGAAAAUGCGGCACGCUCAUGCGCUCACAGCCGCGCGACUUUAUCAGAAGAUGACGAUCGUGAGAACUUUUGCGAUAGCAAGGAACAUCUUACUUUGAAGGAGGCACUGGAAGAUUGUCUAGAGUCAUACGGAAUUCGUAAUGCCAUCUGGAAUGCAACAGCCCAAGACAAAUUCUAUCAGGUGUCCUUUCCGUAUGAAAGCGGAAAACCAACGGAUUGCAUCCUUAGCGACCUGACAUCUCGUGGAAUUGGUUCGAAAUAUGACUCAACUAUUGGUGUGUUUCCAUGUCCAAUAUUCUAUAGAGCUGUUGAACCAGAAAGUGAUGAUGAGGAACAAAAAACGGUAGCCGACGUUAACUAUGAAUCAGGGGAUGAAGCAAAAAAGGAAAAAGAGAAGGAGAGUGGGUUUCGAUCAAUGCAGAAGAAGUUUCUGAAGUCAGUGAAGGCACGCCUUACAGUUGCUCAGGUUGUUGCAGGUGUCAAGGCUCAGGGAGAGCUCACAUUUGAUUUUGUCGCGUUCAUAAUUCUUGCAGGCAUGAUUGCUGCCCUUGGCCUGAUGGACAACAAUGUGGUCUCAAUAAUUGCUGCAAUGUUGGUAUCACCUCUUAUGGGUCCCAUAAUGGCAAUCACAUUUGGCAUCAUAGUUCGUGACACAGCUCUCACCAAACUUGGCUUGAAGACAGAGCUGAUUGGUCUCUUCAUCUGCCUGCUCUUUGGUUUCUUCUUUGGCCUUCUGAAUGCUUUCUGGGGUGAUAUACCACCUUACGAAGGUUCCAGCUGGAGUCCGUCACGAUGGCCCAACCCCGAGAUGAGCUCUAGGGGUCACUGGAGAAGUCUCUGGGUAGGGUCCCUGGUGGCCCUGCCAUCAGGUGGUGGCGUUGCCAUGGCAAUUCUAGGCGGGAAUUCUGCGUGCUUGGUGGGCGUAGCCAUCUCUGCCUCUCUCCUCCCACCGAUCAUCAACAGUGGAAUCCUGUGGUCACUGUCUGUGGUGAAGGUGUUCAAGUCAAUGACGCAAGACCCAAUUGAGGUCAACGUAACAGGAACUACCCUGACAGUGUCCCCGGCCUUCAUAGCACCGCUGGACUACACUCCUUACUACUUCGACAAGUACAGCAUGCACAAGGAGUGCGCACUGUUGGGAGUCAUCUCCUUCUGCCUCACAGUGGUCAACAUCCUCUGCAUCAUUCUCGCAGGAACGCUUGUCCUUAAGAUCAAGGAGAUUGCACCUGCUAAAAGCCUACAAGGUACUAAAAGGUUCUGGAAGCAUGACAUUAAGGUUGCGAGAGACUACAACAAGACCCUGGGCGGUGCAGCGGCAAGCAACAUGGGCAAACUCAUUGAAGAGUGGAAGAAACUGGAUGGUAAGAGUGGAGAUCCAGCUUCGCCUAGCAGAAAUCUCCAAGACCUGCAGAACAUGAUAGAGGAGGCAGAAGAUGACGAUGUGUACCAGACAGUUGUGCAGCAGCUGGCCAAUCGUCCUCCACCGAUGAACAUGGUGCGCUACCUGUCGAGGGCAUUGUCCACACCUGAGCAGCGAAAAGAGCACCCUGGUGGAGGCCGCAUGAGUGUUUGGGAACUGGAGAGCCUGCUUGGCGGGGAGCCGUCAUCUUCGCAGACAAAGCCCAGAGUCACUUUCCAGCUCAAGCGUAGCAAGUCAGAAACCACGGAAGCAGAUUCCUCGCCAAACCAUGGAAAGCAGCCAGGUCGCAAGAGGCCGGGUUUCUUUCCAUUUCGUCGUGUGUCACGAUUCCAAGUGUCAAGAGUGGACGAAGGUACCAGGCGGCAAGAACCCCUGCUGAGCAGGAUGAGAAAGCUCUACCACAGCUCAGAAUCACCUUCGUAACCACAAUCAUACAAACACAUUGUCCAUCUUGUGAGCUACACGCACUAAGGGAGCCUGAUGGAGGUUGUCUCCGCAGAGUCAGCACAAGUUGCUAUUGCAUUGGUGGCCUGAGUGGUGUCUGCUGUUGUGUCCACCAAAAUCUCAGAGCUUAUGUGUUUUCAUACUAUGUUGCCCUGAUAUUGAUCUCUUUGCAAGAUUCUUACAACACUGUGUCGCUGUUCUUUUACAUCAGGUAAAUCGCACAUGAACAGCGACAUUUGGUACAUAAUGCAGAAAGCUGGGCCAGUUGGAACUUAGACAUCUGAGGCAUUUCCAGCACUUCAGAGAAAAAAAAAAAACACCGCGAAGAGAGAAAAGAUCACAGUACAGGAAGGGUGCUGGUCUUCAACUGGCUUUAGUGCAUUGGAAACUACACUCUAAGAUAACACGUGGAAAUAUAAUCAAAUGCUCAGAACAUGGCGCAUACGUCAGACCACUUGUCACACACAUGUAGUACACACUUGUUGGCAUAGAUAGUCAUUCCAUGAUAGAUAGCCAGUGUCCUUCUUCCUCUGUGAUAUUUUCUCUGUUCUAUGGUGUUUCUUCUUUGAUGCAAUUCGCACUCUUUUGGAACUCCACCCAAUUUGCGGUAUGUCUGCCUGUCUUAAUGUCUAUCCGCGUCUAGCCUCUUUCACGCGAACUUGAAUCACUGGGUAGUUCACGUCUAAUGGAUGGAACACGAGCUGCUGUGCUGAGUGAACCAAAUUUGAAGCCAACCAUAGGACCCAAUUGGGGCACUGUAGACAGUAAAACCUCAAUAUAAUGAACAUUAAUAUAAUGAAUUAUCGGAUAUAACGAAUGUAUUUUCGUAUCAGGUGUGACUUCAAUAUAACAAGGUUCAACUGUAUGUGCCAUUGGUUAUGUUCCGGUCUUCAGUGAUAAUUAAAAAAAAUAUUUCUCUGGUGCUCGGUGAAAUGGAACCUGUGUCACAUAUAUUCAGAUAAUCUUGUCCGAAUAAAUAUUCAUACAGGCACCACGCGUAGACUUCGUGGUCACGCCACAAGAUGGUGCAGCGUUUUCUUGAGUGAAAGCGCAAGAGAGGAGCUCAGCUGCAUGCACGCCUCAUACAUGACGUGUUUCGGCAGCGGCAGUAUGCUGUAUCACUACAUUGCUUCAUUGCUAAUUGCAAUAACGUCGGCAUUCAUAAUGAGAUGGGUCCUGUUGGAUUUUAAGCACGAAAUGCUUUUAGCUCCCGUUGUUGGCGACCUUCAAGAGACCUUAAGCAAAAAUCCAGAGCCGUUAUCCAGGCAGUCAUGACGAGAAUGGGUGGGAGAACGAGACGAGAACCUGCGAGAACAUCCGGGCAUCGUUGUGAGAGAAUAACGAGAUAAUCUGGGCAACCAGUCAAAACUUAAGAAAAUGCAGUCUAUGGCCCCCAACCCCCUGUACAGGACCGCAUUACAGACGCUAGUUACUGCCCAAAAAAGUUACAAAAAAAUAUUUCUUCCGAUUUAUUCCUAAUGUUUGUUCCCAAUAUCACUCAAGCUGUAACUAAUAGUACGCUGAAGUUUAAUUUGUCAUUUCCAGUAGCGACGCUCGAAAGGCAGAUACAGUGCACCACACAUCUUUUGGUGCUGCGAUUUGAACGCCAGUGGUCCAUGAGUUGUGAGCAGUCCACGACUAGAAGAAAAAGCAGCGACAGACGCUGAGCGCGCUGCACUGUUGGAAGAAGAAAAGCGGUUUAAGGUGGUGGCACCACAGGUAGCAAAAGACCAAGAAAGUUUAAAACCCCCUUGCAGAAGACGCCAUAUGGUAGCCAUUCAUGCUUACGUCUACUCUCGAUUACGGGGGAGUCAGCAUUUUUAUUUUACCCUUAGGUGCUGGAAGUGUCUCGAAUGUAUUUCUCAUGUUCUGGGUGUUAUGUUUUGUUGAAACAUCUGCUGCAGAUAAACAGUGGUCAAACGAAAGAUGCCAACAAUAAGACUUAUCUUUGUCAAGAACGAAGACAUGUCUCCUUGUCGAAAUGUUGGCUACAGCCUGGGAAAUUCUUUUUUCCUGCCAUUUUUGAUAACUUUAAGUCUCCAUCAUCCUGUGAAUCUAUCUUUGGAGUGCUGUGGAUAUGUUCUUGUUUGAAAAUCCCUUGGCAGUGGUGUAGCUUGCCUCCAUACAGUUAAAACUCAAUAUAAAAAAUGUAAAUUUAAAUAGAUUGAUUAUUCAUUUUUUAAUAAUUUUCAUCACAGUUCUUAACCAAGUCCUCAGUAAGCUUAUUCACAUGCACCGAACAUUGGCGAAGCUUAAUAACCACGAUUUUCUUAACAAAGUUUUUGUCUAAUAGUAAUAUCUCAGUAUACUGAGGUUUAAUUUAAGUCCAGUAUGUCCGUGGACAUACCCGAGUGCAGUGUCAAGCAUUCAACAGGCACCUUUGUUGCUCUUUGGAGAGCUAAUCUAAAAUUCCUAGUCAUGUUAAUUUUGUAGAAUUCUGAUGUAGGUAAUAGAGAGAUUUAGCUUGUCCGUAACCUUCUUAACAUUUAUGGAUUACUAGGAGGACAUACUAGUUCUUUUUAAUACUAGCUGGUUAGUGUACAGGGUAUGUGCACUAUGAUCUGGCCAAUCUGUUCAAAGAGCUGCUGCAAAAAUCGAUGAAAGUGCACAGUCAGUAGAUCAUUGCAAAAGUGGGCACAGUACUGAGAGAAUAUGCCUACCAUGGCAUGCCACAUUUGAAAGUAUUAUAGCAUGAUUGUGAAUAUAGUGUGCGAGCCAAUUUUUUUAGGUUUGAUUAAGAAGGAAAAAAAAAAUGCUAUCACGAUUUUAAUGUGCUCAUGACACUGCAGGCAAUUAAUAAUCACAGCUUGCGUCUUACAGCUAUGACAUGCAUGAGUACCUUUGAAACAGGUGUCCGUAAGAAAUUCAUUCAUGCGAUUCAUUUCCUCUGGUCAGCUUUUUACUGUCCAUGGCUGACACUAGCUAAGAAGGAUGGUGGGCUCUUGUUAACCUUGAUCUUCUGCUACCAUUACACUGAACCACAUCACUUUGUAUUUCAGCUGCAUGGCGAUCGUGCUUGAGGCAUGAGCAAGUUUUAAAGCUCUGAGGAGGUAGCAUUGGAAAUACCGGGAUUCAGUUAUACAGAAAACGAGUUGUCUUCACCAAAACAAGUACUCAUCUUUGCCUUCCGUCUGGGCCUCAAAACUCCUUGUGUGAGUUCGUUGCCAACAUGUGGAGUACAGCUUCCACUCCUCAGUGCCCUGCCUUGCACUAGGCAAUUUAAACCACAAACAAUUUGAUUGAAAGAAAGUCAAAGAAGUUGCACACUGUAGCUGUAGAAGUCGAAUUAAACGUAGGCUUGCAGAGCCCUGGUUGCAGCUUCUCAUGAUAGUAUAGUGCAAAGAUGGUAUGCUGUUGCCAGCCCAUAACGGUUAGGUUAGGUUAGGUAACCAAUGAUGCAUUGUCACUGCAGACUACAGCGUAACUGCUGUUUGCUUUGUAUGAUCUGCAUUUGCCGAAGGUUACUCAGAUCUCCGUAAUCUUUUUUUUUUUGUUUUCUUACGAAGUUGUUUUUGAAAAAAUCAUACAGCUGGUUACUUGCUGGACAGUUCGUAUACAGUAGCUAUAAAAUACAUGUGUGAUCAGUCCCUGCACCACAUUUGUCGGUGGAGAUGUUUAAGUCGCAGAGAUGGAGUAAGUUCCUUUUGUGCCCGAGCUAUUCAUGUCAGUUGAUAGUGCCAUCCAAAGGCACUAGCAUCAGAGUAUUCGGGCCAUCUCCUGUCGUAUCUGCGUAAUUACGGCGCUGGCUCUCUUUAUCGCGCAUGUGUCAUACAAAGAAGCCAAACUUCAAGAGAUGCUAGAAUCUAGAGUCAUGCUGGGAAGAUGAAUGUAGGGGGAUGCAGGAGAGUUGAGCAUCCCUUCAAAGUCCAAAUGCACUUUUUUUUUUUGCAUUUUUUCAUUGAUACAGUACUUACUGCAUUUAUUUUCGUCUUGUUUGCACACAAUUUUAACCUACAGAAAGUUGCUGUCAGCACAUGGGAAGCCUUUGCAUAAUGAAAUUUAGUAUUCUUUUUGAAAUGCUUUUUCAUGACUGUGUACUUCAAGUUUUUUUAAUUAGAGGGGAUUAGAGGAGGGGAAUUGGUUGGUAGUGUAUUACUGAUUUUUUUAAUGUGUGUGUUUUCUUCUAAAUACAUUAUUGAUAGCUGUUUCUGGUUGUGCUUAUAUUUCUGCUCGUCUGUCACGUUUUUAUGGAGAUGGAUGGAAUUUUACAAAAACUGCCACACUGAAGAGGCUGUGGGAGGAGUGUCCUUAGAAAAUUAUGUUUGAAAAACUGGCGUGCUUGAUAAGCUACUGUUAGACUAGUGCUUUAAGAUGCUAUGAUAUUGAUGUGCUUGAAGCAGUGUUCUUACAUUAUCAUGGCAGUUUGCAGGAUUGUCGGAAUAGCAGCAUAGUACUUAUCUGUUUGUAGUAUGUGGGCAAAUUAAAUUGCACAUAAUGGGUGCAUUUUCAUCUGUUUUGCACAUCACCUCAUGUUUUGUUUUAGCAGUGAACAGCUUUGUUUUGCAGUCAUUUUAUAUGUAUGAUUGUACAUUUUUUUAUUUGCAGACUGGUCUGAUGCAUUUGUUGACUACCUUUGGGAUUUAAUGCCUCUAGAAUAGUCUGUUGUUAGUCGCUUUUUCAUAGAAGUGCCCAAGUCUAUUUUGAGUUCUGUCUGCAUGACUGUUCAGUUUUGUUUUGCAGGUUAUUGACUGCUGUUUUGUUGAAUACUGUUGAAAUUUGCUUGAGGAACACUUCCCAUCAUUGUUAAAAACUGCAUGCAACACUGUGGGUUAGGUUGUUUCCCUAUGAAAACAAAGUAUGGAAUAGGCAUUGCCAUGUUUGUUGUUGAAGAUAUUUUUGUGCAGGUAGUCAGAGAGCCGUUCAAGUUUUAUUGUGGCGUGAUCUUACUGUGCUAAGCAGUUGCAAGGUAGGAAGCUGGAAUGUGGUUGUUGUAAUUUGGCAAGCUGCUUAUGUUAGGAGGUGUCCAUAAUAGAAACUAACAUCACGCACGAUGCAGCAGUGAAGAAGCUAGACUCGUGGGGAGAGCUAGCGCACAUCUGUUUGCACUCAAUGAAAGUGACUUUAACGCUCAGUGGAGCAUCAUCCCUAUUUGCAUUCAUGUCCAAUGCGCACACUCCUGUCUAGACAACAGUAAUACAGCAGUGGUUGCUCGGCUUAUUGGGCAGUACGAAGGCAUAAGAGGCAUGGCCCAAUAAAACCAAGGCAAGUCCUUCUCGUCAGCUUAUCAUUGCUGAGAAAACUGAAGUUUGCCAUGCUGCUGCAAGAGAACAGAUGAGAGCCUAUCAAGGGCAUCACACAGCAGAACUUGCACAUUGGUGAUGCUUGUUUGAGAGUGCAUUGAGAGAGUUUGAGGUCGGUGAGAUUUGAACAAGAGGUGAAGAGGUAGCUGAGUAGAUGUGAUUGCUGAGGUGCAGAACGUGGGUUGCCUAAGAUACAGGCUUGCAGUGCAGUAUUGAAAAGUGAGUGAGAAAAGGAGUGUGUCUUUAUUUGCUCAUUUAUCUCACUCCUAUUUCCAGCAGCAGCAUAUUAUGUUGUUUUCAGUCGCAUUGUUAUAUUUUGCUGGAUUCUCCUUGCAGAAAAUACAUUGCUACUGAUUUUAAUGUUUUGUAAACUGGAACAGCAGCUUCUUGCUAUCUCGUUCAAGUGCUGAAAGAGAUGCCCAAUAGAAACUCUAAAUAAGCCUAGACUGGCGCAUCAGAGUAUUUUCUGGCCUGCAAGCUAUCCAUGCACUGUGCUGACUGUUUGCAAUCGCACACUGAGCCGGGUAUUUGUUUUCAAGGUUGCUCAUGGCAUGUCUGGGAACUGGUAUUGCAGGCUGUCUCGAGUUCACCAAUUUGAGACAGCAUUUCGACCUCUUGUAACUUUUUGUGGGCAGCUUUGUGCUUGGGCUCACACAGUAGCAACAUUGAUCAAAGCUGCCAUUGCUACACUUGCAUUUGUGGCGUUACAGGUGAAAGAUAACAUUGUUUGCAGAGUGUCCAGAAAAAACACUACAGAUUGGCUUGCAUAUGAUCCAUUUCACAGCCAUUACGCUAUGCCUGUCUGGAAGGGCCAUCAAAUGCUUUAGAAAGAUACACGGGGAAGGGGGAGGAACAUUAUUAAGUGUAUCAAUCUCUCACAUCAUGCUACAUAUGAUAGAUCUCUCUUGCAUGAAGUUGUCGCUUAUAUAUAAUAGACUUUGGACAGCAAAAUGACGUGUUUAAUUUAUUUGUCUGUGCACUAUGCUCGUCACAGUGUCUAUGCAUGGUCACAUGUCACAUUUUCGGGUGGGCUAUGCUCUAUUAUGGCUUGAAAUUGCUCAUGUGUGAUCUCUCUGUGGUCAUGGCUUCGCUGCAUAUUGUUCUUGCUAUUAAGGUGCUUAAAGGCCAUAAAAGUAGGCAUGGGGAAAGUGCCACAGGUAUAUUUAUGUUUUCUAGAAGCGAACAUUGCCUUGUCAUUUGAAUGGUAAUGCGAUGGAUGCACAUCACGGACGAUGCAGUUGCCAGCAGAAAUACAAGGCUGCAUCCACUUGCACCUUUGCUGCAUUUGUGUGCACAUGCAUGCACAUGCACACAAGUGCAUACAUAGCAUAACAAAGCAUGUGGACAGAUGCAGUGAGGUACAAAACAAUAGAAUAUCACUGGUCUAGUAUUGUGGAUGCUACAUGCACUGCACUGGGUGUGAUGCAGUGCUUUUGCAGAGACUAGGAGAGAGGCAAUCCAAAGAAGCACCUGCGUCUGCGUAAGCCAUUACUGUGCCCCUGUAAUACCACUUGACUAGUCAAACAACAAUACAACUGAACGCCGAUAUAUUGAACCCACAUAUAACGAAUUAUUGUGUAUAUAUAACGAACAGCAGUAAAACACCCUUGAAAAGCUUUUCAUAAAAUUUUUAUUUUAUAUAUCGAAUUACCUAUAUAUUGAACUUCUUUGUGAUCCCCUUCAGAUUCAAUAUAUCCGGAUUUGACUGUAUGAUAGACACUGAAAUAACAAGUUAUUGGUUAAAAGAAGUGAAUAAAUAGUGUUUUUUACUGAUAUUAGCAUGCAACAAAUAUAUGCUUAUAAUGAAUAUCAGAUAAGACGAAGUUAUUUUUGCCUCGCAUGCAACUUGAUUACAAUGAGGUUCGACUGUAAGUGAACAGGUAGCCUGUACAAAUGUCGGUGAAAGAAAUGGUAGCAUUUGUGCGCAUUUGUUGCCAAUAUGACAAACCAAUAUCAGUGGUGCUACGGCAUGAUCUGAACUUGGCUGUCGCAGCAUGUAUGUGUAAUGCUAACACAACGACAACAUGUGUUCAGUGUGGCACGAGGGGAUAGUGAUGUGCGUGUCUUGCGUGUAGUAGAGUUUGUAGCUGCAGAUCCUCCAUGCGGAAACUGUGAUGUUCUUGUAGCCGACAUCCUGGUAUGGCAUUGUUCAACUUGCGAUAGAUGGGUUGUGCUGUGUGUGAGGACGCAAUGCAUUCAGUCUGUGUAUGUCAGCCAUUUCUCCUUUGGCAUCGUAGACUUAUGCGUCAGUGUGUUCUGUGGAUAACGUACUUAGGUUGUAGUGUAACAAGCACAAGAAUUUACUGAUGUGCUCUGUGAUGGUGCUCGUGCCUUAUACACUUGCCUUUAGAGCUGCAAUUUUUUCUAUUUCUUUACAUGUGAGGAUUUAUAGUCAUAAUCACUUUAGAGAUAUUUUUGUUGCUUUGUUUUAAAAGUAAGGAAUGCAUGUACGCUUGGCAAAUUCUUGUUGUUAUUGGAGAGUUUUAGAAAUAGCAGACGCAGAAGGGUUUUCUAUACAAUAUGAGUGCAUCCAAAAGGGAUAUUAUUGCACCCAAAAAUUAACUUCUGGCUUAGUGUUUGUGGUGAACUCAAACUAUUUUGCACAUAGAGCAGAUAAAGUAUAUCUUCUAGCUUUGGGAUCUGCUACUUCAAAAACACUCCUUAAUUUAUUGCAAUAAAAUUUGACAUUUUUGCCAUUGCAGAGUUUGGGUCUUACACGAAUAAAAAUUGAAAUGUUACAAG